AUGAAAGCUGCACCGCUACUUGUGGCCUGGCACGACGAAAACGCUCCUGUUUACUCGGCACACUUCGAACCUCAUGGCAAGGGAAGACUAGCUACUUGUGGAGGUGAUCACAAUGUUCGAAUAUGGCAAAUCGAUUCGAACGGCGAGGAACGGAAAGUCACAUACCUGUCAACGUUGAAAAAGCACACCCAGGCAGUCAACGUGGUCCGGUGGUGUCCUCGAGGCGAGCUUCUGGCCUCAGCUGGUGAUGAUGGGAAUGUGCUGUUAUGGACACCUUCAGACAAUCCCGCGUUGCAGGCUAGCUUCGGCGAGGACGGCCAGGAAGAUGUUGAGCAUUGGCGUGUGAAGACAAUGUGCAGAUCAAGCACAGGAUCCGAGAUAUACGAUUUGGCAUGGUCACCGGAUGGCUUGUUCUUCAUCACAGGCAGCAUGGACAAUGUUGCUAGGAUAUACAAUGCUUCGACUGGUACAUGUGUGAGGCAAAUCGCAGAGCACAACCACUACGUGCAAGGUGUAGCUUGGGAUCCGCUCAACGAAUAUGUGGCCACGCAGUCUUCCGACAGGUCUGUACACAUCUACACGCUGAAGACGAAAGACGGCACCUUCUCUCUCGCACAACAUAACAAAAUCACAAAGAUGGAUCUACCCGGACGACGAAUUUCCUCCAGCAGCCCAGCACCACCAGAUCUUAGCAACCACCGCUCGUCAUUCGUGCAAGAGACCCUGGCAGAAGCACUUGGCUCACCACGACCGUCUGCUCCUGGAACGCCGCAGUCACUGGCUUUGCCGAUGAACCCACCUCCGACAUCACACAGCCGAAGGUCAUCUUUCGGAUCUCAGAUGGGACAGAAUUCAAUGCGACAACGGUCCGUCUCGCCCAGCCCUUCCAUGCCAUUACCUGCUGUGAUGCCGUCUGCCUCUCCGGGUUUGUCUGGACUUGGCGUGCGGAAUACAAAUCUUUACCAAAACGAGACGUUCACUUCUUUCUUCCGGCGACUUACUUUUGCUCCGGACGGCAGCUUACUCUUCACGCCUGCUGGUCAAUACAAGACUACACAUCCUCAUGUCGACGGAUCAAAAUCUACAGAUGAUGUGAUAAACACAGUCUACAUAUAUACUCGUGGUGGGCUAAAUAAGCCACCAGUGGCAUAUCUGCCUGGCCACAGAAAGCCGUCGAUCGCAGUGAAGUGCUCUCCAGUGUACUAUAAUAUGCGGGUGACGAGUAGUGAUACUAAGGAGAUCACGAUUGAUACCCGGACAGAAGAAGACAUCCCACUCCUGCCCGAGCCAGCUGUGCCUACGAGGCCAACAUACUCUUCGAUGGACCCGCCACCAAUUACCAGCGCACCGUCUCCAUCGCCGAGUGCUGCAACCAUGGCAUCUCCACGGAAUCCACUCGAUGCAGAGCCAAGCCCGACGUCGAAUGGUCCUCCUUCAUCUGGUCCACCGCCUGCUUUUGGCCUGCCUUAUCGAAUAGUGUAUGCCGUGGCAACACAAGAUGCGAUACAUGUAUACGAUACCCAGCAACAGCGGCCAAUCUGUGUUGUCAGCAAUUUGCAUUAUGCUACCUUCACAGAUCUCUCUUGGAGCACAGAUGGGCAGACACUACUCAUGACAUCUUCCGAUGGCUUCUGUUCUGCUCUCACAUUUGCGCCUGGAGAGCUUGGGACCGUCUACCACCUACCACCAGUGAGCAGUACACGGCAUACACCUACACCAAUAUCAAUAGGCAAGGCGAACUCUACUGCGUCAACACCGCAAGCCACACCUACAGCCUCCUCAGCAACCUUCGCACCAUCAAUGGCGAGACAACUCUCAGCCCAAAGCAACACUUCCGCUCCUCCGCCCGCCGUCGCACCCUCACCACCACCCUUCACAUCAGCGCCUCGGCCCGUGUCGCCAGCUCGAAGUAUGUCAGCGUCAAGUAUAGCAACAGAAGCAAGCAGCUUUGCACGAGCACCGGAUCAGAAUGCUGUGCCGAUGAUGAACUACCCAACACCAAGCAUGGGCUCCCUACCCUCAGUAGCUGCGGCUGGAUCGUCGGGCUUGCCACUGUUCACGCCCCCUCAGACGCCCGGCCACCAUGUUAAUGGCUCGGUGGGCAGUACGUCUAGUAUGGUUGCUGCCGGCGUUAAGAGAACGAGUGAUGCAAGCGAGGCGGCGGUGGAGGAGGGCAGGGGUGAGAAGAAGAGGAGGAUUGCCCCUACGCUUGUGUCUGAUAGUAGUGCGACUGUAGGAGGACCGCCUGCAUCAACGGGUGAAGAUGGCGAGUGA